AUGUUCAUGUGGAGGUGUCUUGCUAAUGCUUUACCUACGGCCCAGGCUCUAAGAAGUAAAAAUAUCGAUGUCGAUGUGAAGUGUAGAAGAUGUGGAGAUUAUGAGGAAACGAUGGAACAUGCGCUGCGCGACUGUAGUUGGGUUGGGGUUCUUUGGGCCGUUUCUCCUCUUCGGAUUCAGCCUUUGAGUAAUGGAGAUUUAUGUGAUAUUCCUACGUGGUUCGAGAAAAUCCGCAGUCUUCCUUCCCGGGAGGUUCAUGCUCUUUUUGCCACGCUUGUGUGGACGGCUUGGUUUGCUAGAAAUAUGUUUCUCUUCCAAAAUAAAGCUUUCUCUCAUGUGGAGUGCUUGGCCAUUGCAAACAGAGCUCUGUGGCACAAUCCGUCUAAUUCUGCGGGAACAAGGCAGGGGACAGAUGCAACUCCUCUUUUUUGUUGCUCUGAGGAGGAGGUCAAAGUUUCUUCGGAUGCGGCGGUUAAUCUGGGGGUUGGGAUCGGUCUUGGAGCGGUGUUGACUGAUAAACAUGGUUCUGUUUUGGGGUGCAGGUAUGGUUCAAGAAAUGGAGCUUUUACGGUGGUUGAAGGAGAAGCUUUGGCCAUGCUUGAAGGUUUGAAGUUCUGUAGGGAUCGGGGUUUGUUGGAUAUCAUUGUUGAAACUGACUGCCAAUUCUUUAUAUCGGUUGCUUGUUCGCCAUGA